AUGUAUACUAAAGAUACAAAUUACAGCAGUUGGAGAAUUCAAAAUGAACUUGUUGAUAUUUGUGCCAGUUCCAUAAAAUAAAUCAUACUUAAUGAAAUUUCAACUACUGGUUUCUUAGCUAUUAUGUGUGAUGAAGCUAGGAGUUAUAAAGAAGAACAGCUCUCAAUAUGUGUACGAUAUGUUGUAAGAUUGAAAGUUUUUGAAAGAUUUUUGGGUUUCAUAGACGUUUCUAGUGGUCAAAAUUCAACUCAAAUUUAUUCAGCUAUCAUGCAUUACUUUGAAGAACUAAAUAUAAACAUGGAAAUCGUUUAUAUAGUGGCUCAAUCUUAUGAUGGAGCUAGUGUCAUAUCCGGUCAUCUAAACGGAGUACAAGCUCAAGUGCAAAAGCGAUAUCCAGCAGCCAUAUAUACACACUGUAUGGCGCACCGACUUAAUUUAGUUGUUUUAGAUUUAUGCAAAUCAAUAAAGGUAAUUAAUAAAAGAAAGUGA